CUAACUAAUCUAAUGCACUUCAAUUUGAUAAGAUAAUACUUUUACAUGCAGCAAAUAAAUACAGACAUAAACAUUAUUUCGAUCAUUAAUUGUAACUGUGUUCUAUAACAUUUACAAUAAAAUAAUGGCCACCACGAGUAGGACCGUCCACCCAACUGCUGAUGAAGCCAUAAUGGAACAUUGCCUUUCACUGGCUCGAAAAAGCAAGGACCCCAAGAUUCAAGUAGGAGCUUGCGUGGUCAAUACCCAAGAUAUGAUUAUUGGUUCAGCUUUUAAUUCACCCCCAAAUGGGUGGCCUGGUGGUUCACUACCUUCGACGAAAAAUCUUCCAAGUGAACACUUUUAUGGCCUUUACGUUUGUCCUACCGAACAAAUCGCUAUUGCUAACGCCAUGGCUGCGAACGCAACUCUUGAAAAGUGUACUCUUUAUACCACACAUUUUCCUUGUAACGAAUCCGCUAAAUUGAUCAUUCAAACAGGCAUUAAAAAAAUUGUCUACUUGAACGACGAACAUAAGGAAUUGAGAAAAUUUACAGUUGCCAGAGAAAUGUUAAACACUGUUGGAAUUGAAUGCGAAAAGUUUUCUUCAAGUGACAAGAUUGUUUUAAAAAAUGAAAUAAUUAUGGCUUUCUGUGAAAAAGUGUCCCGUAACAGCAAAGAUCCUAAAAAGAAAGUUGGAGCGUGCGUUGUCAAUGCUCAAGGCCAAGCGAUUGGUUGGGGUUUCAACGAUAUGCCUCAAAGUCAUGAGGAUUUCAACAAAUAUUGGGAGAAUCCAAAAGAAAAACUACUUCGCGUAUGUCAUGCAGAAUUGAACGCAAUUGUCAAUUCGAAAGGUUCCUUAAAGAAUGCAAAACUUUACUGUACUUGGUUCCCUUGCAAUAUUUGUGCACAAUUAAUUGUAAAUACUGGCAUCAAAGAAGUUUUCUACGAUCAAGAGCUUGGUCCAAAAUGGGCGAAAAUGAUGAACGCAUCUAAAGAAAUGUUCUCGGUCGCGGAAAUUAAGCUUAAGCAAGUAACUCCGAAGAUGGAUAUCAGUGACCAGGAAAUAAACGACUUUAUGUCUAAAAUUACGUUUCAGUGAAUUUAUAAAGUACAUAUACUGAAACAAUAAACAUGAAACGAUAAGUAAA